AUGUUGAACCUUGCAGCACUCGCUAAGAAUCGCUGGGUGCUUAUCCUGGCGCCCACAGGCUUUGUGAUCGACAUGUACCUGGACACAAAACAAGACGAGAAGCUCACAGCCUUCAGGAACAAAAGUCUGCUCUUCGGGAGGGAACUGAAGCCUGGAGAGAAGGUGACAUGGAAGUAGC